AUGUAUUUUAAGCAUAGUGUAUAUGACAUAAAUGCAAAAAUUCUCAAGGAAAUGAAUAUAUUGUAUGAUUUGUAUGAUGAUUACUAUAAAUUUCUUGAUAGCCAAAAAACUAAAUGCACAAAGUAUAAUUAUGAAUGUUUAAGCGCUUAUGUAACAGAAAUUAAUAAAUGUCACAACAUCAAGAAUAAAAGGUUUUACAAAGCACUUAAAAAUAUUCUUUCAAUGUAUAAUAAAAAAGAUCAAGAAAAAUGUGAAAAUGAAGGAUCAACAACAUUAUUACCAAUAUGCAAUAUAUUAAGUAAAUAUAUAACGAAUAUAAAUGAACAAAAUUGUAUAUCUUCGUGUAAAACCUUUAAAAAUAUGGAAUUAAAAACAUUACCUAAAGAAGUAUAUGAUUAUGAAAAUGUUUUAAAUGAGUUAACUGCACAUCAAAUAUAUAAAAAAUUGGAUGAUCAAGAAAUUGAUGAAUCUACAUGCUCUAAUCAUUGCGAAGACUUUAUUUUUAUGUAUGAUAAAGACGAAGAGUUUAAUUUCCUUUGCGCCAAAAUGGCAACUAAUUUAAAGCACUUAUCAACUGUUCUGAAUGGUGUAUCUUCACAUGCUGAUCGUUGCACAUAUUUCAUAUUUUGGGUAUAUGAAAAAAUAAUGAAUAUAUUAAAUAAAAAUUCGAGUAGCCAUAGUAAUUAUUAUGCAAUUAAUUUACUUAAUCAGGUGUUGUAUACAGUUAAUAAGGGAUUGCCAUUAAGUCAAAAAUGUUCCUAUAAUUUUGAUAGCACCUUAAGUGACUGGAAAAAGGAGAAAUACCUGCACGAUUAUUUUAAAAAUUUUGAAAAAUAAAUGAAUGAUUUAAAAUCUUGUUGUGCAUAUUAUACUAAUUCUAAACCAUAUUAUUUAGAGAUGUGUCCAAAAUAUUUUAAAUGUGAAAAGAAAUAUUUUCCGCGUAGCAUCAUAUCAAAGUUAUAUUGUGAAAAUGAGAAGAUUGAUACAAAUGUGGAUGAAAUAUUUAAAGGUUUAUACGUCGAUCUGGAUGUUGUAACUUUGAGUAGAAUGAAUGAUCAUGCUCCAUCGAAUUAUACAAUAAAGAACUCAAUACCAAAUUUAGUAACAAAUUCAAUGGGUGACCGAUUUAAUAUAAUCAAAAACGACGUUUUAUGUGAAUAA